AUGCGCGUAUCGCGCUGGACAGGAGACAUUGAAGCACAGAAAGUACUUCAAGGACUAGUCGACCAAGGCAAGAUCGACGGAGGGACUGAGCCACAAGAACCACGUGCACUCGCCCCAGAAGUAUUCAAACACUUAAACAACCAAGUAUGCAGCCUACACAUUCGCAACACCAAAAGGGCGAACAAUCUCCCUGUCACAACGAAACGUGCCCGAAGCACACGCUGUAUCGUCACCGCGGACGACACUGAGGCCGACAUCCCCCAACUCGGGCACGUGCUGCAAGCUCUAUGCUCGGUGCAAGUGAAUGAACCACCACGAGAGACAAGCAAGACAAAAGAGUGGUUUGUCAGUGUUGCGGUGACUCUCAUGUGGGGGUUCAAAGCAGGGACCCUUGUGAUUACAUCCGAAGAUCCAUCAACGUUGGUCAAGGUCAAGUCCGUGUACUUUGUUUCCGUCCAACACGUCCACUUUUGCGACUUGCUAUGUCAUUGCAUAUCGUUUGAGCCGUAG